AGCCAGUAGUGAGUAGUGACACACUUGACACAGUAUGCGAUACAAAAACCGUCAAAAUCAGGUCGCGUCCUUUAUCUUCGCAUUAUUCGGAAGAAAAGAGAGAGAGAGAGAGAGCAGUCAAUCAGUAGGACAAACACACAAAAAUAGAACUAUAGAAGAAAAGAAACGGAGACGGACAGAGAGAAGCUCCUCCCUCUUGUGCUCUCUGCACCUUAUCUUCGACCCCCACCCAAAACCAAAAUAUAUACUCCUAGAUCGAUAACACUAAAGCUGGAUCAUAUUAGUAGUAGUAUUAACUGGUCCUGAUACAAGCAAAUAUUAUUGUAAUCAAUCAUUCUCCUCCCACCUCCCCCAUCCCUCAUCCUAUCUGCUGCUAGCUGUUUCUAUAAGACACACCCCCACCCCCCCCCCCCGGGGAAAACCCCGACCCCUUUUUCCCUCUUCUAACUUGUACCACAUCCUAGAGGGGAAAAAUUAAAAUAAAAAGACUUGCAAAGCAAACCAGACGAACUGUUGUCUCACCGACUUAUCAAGCUUCUACUCUCCUCCAGCUUAAUUACAGGGAGUAUAUAUCAUAUAUGUGCAGCGGCUUCUUGAUGAUGAUGAUAUAUGUGGAGACAGGUGAAGAGUAGCCUCUGAUGCAGCAAUAGCAGUAGUAUAUGCUACUACUAGGGAUUCUAGAGUAGGUCGCAGCCUAGCUAGAGCUAGAGCUACAGGGAGGGAGGGAUUAAUCAAUCAUGAAUCAUUGCGUUCCGGAUUUUGAAAUGGAUGACGAUUAUGGAAUCCCUACUUCUUCUUCAAUUAAUGCCAGUACCACUGCCAGACCCAAGAAGCCAGCAAUAGGUGAAGAAGAGAUCAUGGAGCUGCUAUGGCAGAACGGGCAGGUGGUCUUCCAAAGCCAGAAUCAAAGAUCAUUCAAGAAAUCUCCCAACCGGGGCGGAGAGCCUGAUCAACUACACCAAUCCGGUGCUUCUAGAGAGAUCCCAUCCAUACUAGAAAAUACAACCUAUGCGGCGCCGCCGCCGCAGCAGCUCUUCAUGCAAGAAGACGAGAUGGCCUCUUGGCUUCACUAUCCUCUCGACGACUCCUCCUUCGACCGCGACCUCUACUCCGAUCUCCUCUAUCCUCCGCCGCCUUCAGCUUCCACCACCACCACCAUGACGCCAACUCCCUCCGUUCCUCCCAAGAACUCCGCACAACUAUCGGGAGAUCCGCCCGCCGCCAGCCGUUAUUCCUCCUCGACCCGUACCUCCUCCUUCGAAAGGCACCUACCCAAUAGAGGCAGCUGCUGGUGGACUCCAAUGAGACGCAAACAACGGUGCCGGAAUCGAGGGUUUCCUGAAGGGGAUGUAAGAUGCGGAGCCGUGAGCUCCACUGCAGCUGCGGCUACCUCCGCUGCAGCUAGGGACUUGGCGACCACGGCCUGUGAACUCACCGUCACGUCGUCCCCCGGGCCUCCGGGUAGCGUCAGUGCAACCGCGGAGCCGCAUCACCGGCCGCCGACUUCAAUCAUAAACCGAGCCCGUCCGUGUGGAGGACCGGAAGCGUCCCUACAUUUAACGACAAUAGAUCUGUCUCUACAAAAAACACAGGAUAUCGAGUUUGAGUCAGCUGAUGCAAAAAGGCAAGCCCGUGGAUCAACAUCUACAAAGAGAUCCCGUGCUGCAGAGGUUCACAAUCUCUCAGAAAGAAGGCGUCGAGACAGGAUAAAUGAAAAGAUGAGGGUGCAAGUCAUACCUCGUUGCAACAAGUCAGACAAGGCUUCAAUGCUGGAUGCGAUUGAGUACUUGAAAUCGCUACAACUGCAAGUGCAGUUAUUGUCAAUGGAUGUGCAUGCUCCCGAUGAUGUAUCCAGUGUACAGCAGUACAUGCCAGCAAUGAUGGGCAUGGGCAUGGGCAUGGGCAUGGGCAUGGUUGGUAUGAACCGUCCAGUGACCAUAUCCAUCUUUUAUACCGGUUCGGGAAUGCCAAGCCCGGCUGUAGCAGCAAACAUGGGGCCAAGAUUUCCCAUGCCAGCAUUUCAUAUGCAACCGGUUCUUCCUGACUCUUCCAGAAUCCAAGCUUCCAAUCAGCUGGAUCCAAUGCUGAACUCACUAGUGACGCCUAAUCCAAAUCAGCCACGAGUUCCAAAUUUUGCUGAUCCCUAUCAGCAGUUCAUUGGUCUCCACCAAGCACAAAUACCAUUACCACAGAAUCAAGUGGUAGUACAGCCCAGCAAGCCGAAUAGUAGCAGAGAAGUUGGGAAUCUUGAUAAUCAUCAAUCUGGUUAGUCGGGGGUGGAUUGAUGGGUAAGCCGUCCAAGAACUAAAUUUUUGUAGCCUAAUGGAGGAAAGGAGACCCAGUUGAGCUCGAUUGUAAGCCGGCCUCACCAUGUGAUUUGAGAGCUGUAGUAUUUACUAAAAUGUAAUUAUCAACACAUAAUCAACUUUGCUUUUAUAUAUCUUACCGCUAACAUGUAUGUUCGCUUCUGGUAUGCUUCAAGGUUGAGUUUUAGCAAAUUGAGUGAUCCCACAGCAAGAAAGGGACACCCAUAGAUAAUCACAUUUCACACAGCGGAAUAUUGGGUUUGUAUGUGGGUGACAAAUCUUGAUGCAUCAGCUGGAAUUUCUAAUUCAAUUUUUUUUGGGUCGCCAGGUUGUUUGAGGCUCCCACCCAUGGCAAGAGAGAGAAUAAAUUCUAGUUGCCUCCCGCUCUUGUUCCCUUGAACAUCCAUGCUCAUCGCCUAUCUUCAUAGCUGUUUUGUUCUGGAUGAUUUAUUUCCCUUCCGGAGCUCAUUUUCAGGUGGAUGACGGAGUUGUGUAGCUGAGUAAAUAGUAGUUAUAUACUCUGUGGAGUUUCGUUUAGACUUAAUCAAAAGCACCCGUAGACGGCUAUAUAGAGCUGUCACUUGUUCCUAAUAAAUACCAACAUGUUUUUGCUUCUGC